AUGUCGGCCAUUUUCCUUUGUUGCGACGUGGACGGAUGGCGGUCGAUGCAGCAACGUGCAGCAACGUGGACAGCAAACAGCGGUACUCGCAAAACGUGCCGCACACGCAGCAUCCACCCCGUACCGGUACCAGCGCACGCUCCAUGCCGUGGCCGUGCGUCUUGCGCCGAAGCGAACUGCUCUGCUGCCGCUGCCACCCAAUCGUUCAGGCCAUCUGGGCGCCUGAGAGGGUUCCGGCCAGGCCCUCCGGAUUGCGGACUUGGCUCACGAGACAUGCAGGCUUCAACAAUGCGCUGCUACCUGUCUGUCUCUGCGUGGCCUGACACAUCAACACUCAGACAAUCCUUCGUCCGUACUCAACCGACUGCCACCACGGCGUCCUCCGGCCGUUGCCAGUCCGCUGCGAACGAUCGCUCAGGUCUUUUGUUGGGGCAGGCUGGCGUGCACGGUGCCCAAGGCCGCCGUGCUCGGUAUGCGCCACGGUGUACAAGUAAGGUGUCUGGACUUGGACGACAGUGCAUGCGCCGCGCAGGGGCCCCAAACACCGUGUACAAAAGCCCCAAGCCCAACGGCGUCGUGGCAACGUGCGUGCGCCUGGGUCGAGGCACUGGCAUGUCUGCUCGAAACUCGCUGCAAGGUGUCAAGUGUCUGGUCUGGGGGUCCAGCGCGGGGCGGUACCAGCUACUCCGUGUUCGUAACUGCACGCCGCUGUGCUCGGCGCCGCGCUGCCCUCGCCGCGGGUUCCCGGUACCUCUGCUCGCCAUGUCUGUACCUACAGCUCGUAGCUGGACGCAGUGGGCGCGCCCCACCACCCCCAGUGCCGCUGCUGGCAGGUUCUCGUGCCUUCACGGCGCCCCACCCCCCUGUGCACUUCCACUCUCUUCCACGGCCAUUUACUCAUCCCGGAUUCCCUUUUCAUCCGGCCUCUGGCGUCUGCUCGCCUUCAUCCUCCUGCAUCCACCGACUUCCUACUUCUACUUCAUCGUCUCCCUCCUCCUUCCCGCUCCCAUCCCCAACCCCCCAGCCAAAGGCCUUCUUUCUCCUCGAAGCUUGCGUCUCGUCAUCCGCCUGGUUCUUCCACGACCUCGAUCCUCGACUCCUUGUCGCGUCGUCUCUCGCAAUCGCUCAAGUCAAUCCCCCAGCGCCAGAUUCGCCACCUCGACGAUAAGCCCUCGCAAGCCCUGCCGCCAUCCGAACCUCAUCGGCACCGACGCAACCGAUUCCCCAACAGUCGACGAGAGAAAGAAGGGUCCUCCUUUGCCUUGCCAGAUCCCUGCAGCGGUGCGCCUCAGCCUGUUCGACAGCUUCGUCUUCGGUCUGCCAUAGACUCUCCCGCCAGCGUGUUACUUUAGUUGUCACUGCUUCGCCGCAAACUCGUCCCGUCUAUAGAGCCUCGGCUUAGUGCACUCCGCCGUCUUCGUCACACCGUCCCGGUCUCGGCCGCCUUCGAUAAGCUGUCCAUCAGCACCUUCGAUCGAGUCACCGGGCGAUAGUCACAAGUCUCUUGCUCUACAGCGGCUUUUUUCUUUUCACCCAAAAGUUAUUCGGCUCAACCUCGCUCGCGACUGGACAUCUCCAUCUUUUCGCCUUGAUUGAGUCACCCCCUUUCCAGCGAGAGCUACGCUCCGCUCACGGCCGCCGCCUUGGUUGGUCCGCCACGUUGCUUCACUCUCCCUGAUUCUUCUCCUUGUCUCCUCACAACCUCAACACCAUCUUCAAUACUCAACUCGCCUACCUUGUUGGCCUCUUGACGGACCCGACCCUCGCCGUCUUCCUCAAAGCCUCACCACCACUCUCCACCAAUACAAAAAAAAAAUAAUCUACACCAGUCAUUCAUUAUACAUUUCAGCCUCUUAACGCGACCUCGAUGUCAUUAUAACGAACAAAACAAUUUCUUCCACCUCUCUCUCAUACGC